UCUGUUGCAUGAUUAUUAAAAGGGACACAAUGGCAUCUUUUGUAGAUGAGAAGCCACUCACAGAAGCAGACCUCCCUGCCACUGCAGCUAGAGGGAGGUUCCAUGGGAAGGUUGCCAUUGUCACUGGAGGAGCUUCAGGUAUUGGCAAGGCCACUGUAGAGAGGCUGGCAUUGGAAGGAGCUUCUGUCGCUAUCUUUGAUAUCAACGAUUCUGCCGGAAAGAAAUUAGUGGAUGAUUUGGUUGCCAGAAGUUUGGUUGUCUCGUUUUACAAAGUGGACGUCUGCAACAAGGAUGAGUGUUCUGUAAGUGUUCGGAAGUUUGUUGAAACUUCUCCUGCAGCUGGACUCCACUAUCUUGUCAAUUCUGCAGCGUAUUUCGGGCAAAAAGGACCUAAAACUGUUGAGAAAGAAGAUUGGGAGAAGAGCCUAAAUGUGAAUGUUGUUGGAUACUCAAACAUGGUCCAAUCUUGCUAUCCCUACAUGACCAAGCUAACAGGAGACAAAGCAAUUGUCAAUCUUUCAAGUGGAUCUGGUCACAGAGCACAACUGGAUUGCAUGACCUACUCUACCUCGAAAGCAGCAAUAAUCGCAAUGACGAAGUGUAUGGCUCUUGAUUUAUCUAAGGAUGGUAUUCGAGUCAACUCUGUUUGUCCUGCAUUCGUAUGGACACCAGCCCUGCAAACCUGUAGUCCCAUAAAGAGUCGGCAGGGUUUGGAAGAGAAGCUUGGGCAAUGCUUGAUGAUUAGAAGGCUCACAAGAACCUCGGAGCAAGCAAGUGCAAUCUGUUUCCUCCUCUCUGAAGAUGCCUCGUGUAUCACUGCCACUGACCUUCCUGUGGACGGUGGAUAUUUAGCAAUGGGCCCAGAGGGACUGGGGGAGAACACAGUGUUUGCUGGUAGUGAUUGGCGACUUCAAGGAAGAAGGGGAGGGGCUGAUCUGAUAAAAAGUUUGAGCAAACUGUCAGAAUCUGAGAAUGGCUUGAAUUGGAGAAUGGCAUCCAUAUCCUUUUCAGAUGAGAAGCCACUCACAGAAGCAGACCUCCCUGCCACUGCAGCUAGGAGAAGGUUCCAUGGGAAGGUUGCCAUUGUCACUGGAGGAGCCUCAGGCAUUGGAAGAGCUACAGUGGAACGAUUAGCAAUUGAAGGAGCUACGGUGGCCAUAUUCGAUGUGAACGAUUUGUUAGGUGAAAAGGUGAAAGCAGACUUGACGGCUCAAGGUCUAAAUGUACAUUUCUAUAAAGUGGAUGUCUCGGACAAAGACAAGUGUGUCGAGAGUGUGAAAUCUUUCGUCGAAUCUACUUCAAAAGUCAACUAUCUUGCCAACUGUGCUGCUUUCUUUGGCUGCAAAGCACUCGAUGCUGAGAAGAAAGAUUGGGAUAAGACGUUUAGUGUGAAUGUGAUCGGCUACUCUAACAUGGUCCAGGCCUGCUAUCCCUACAUGAGCAAGCUGCCAGGAGACAAGUCCAUCGUCAAUAUUGCCAGUAUUGGAGGCCACAGAGCCCAUGUAUCUCAUUGGACGUAUUCCUCCUCAAAGGGUGCUAUACUUACCAUGACCAAAUGCAUGGCUCUCGAUUUGGCUAAAGACAAGAUUCGUGUAAACUCCGUUAGUCCUGCUUGGGUGUGGGGACCAGAAGUUGCCAAAGCUGCUGGUGGAGAUCGAGAGAAAUGGGAGCCUAUUUGGGGGCCCUUCCACAUGAUUCGACGGUUAACUGAGCGCUCGGAAAUUGCAAGUGCAAUUUGUUUCCUCCUCUCUGAAGACGCCUCUUGUAUCACUGCCACUGACCUUCCUGUGGACGGUGGGAAUUUGUCAAUGGGUCCAGAGGGACUAGGGGAGAACACAGUGUUUGCUGGUAGUGAUUAUUGAUUGAUUCAGUAACCUGUUUUUGUUGAACGUUAUGUGUUAUGAAUGUCGUGAUAAUUAUUGUUCUGUUGAAGUUGA